ACAUACACAAAAUCUGAGCCAUCACCGUUAUUAUAUAGAGAGAGAGUGUGUAUUUUUUAGUGAGAGAAAGAAAUAUGGCGAUGAGAGAUAUAGAUGAUUUACCAAAGAACAAGGCGAACUACACCGCUUUAACGCCGUUAUGGUUUUUAGAGAGAGCUGCAACGGUGUUUCCAAAUCGGAAAUCUUUAAUUCACGGUUCCGUUGAGUACACGUGGCAACAAACUUAUCAACGUUGCCGUCAAUUAGCAUCUGCUCUUAAUAAACGUUCCGUUACCUUUGGAAGCACGGUUGCAGUUAUUGCCCCAAACGUCCCCGCUCUGUACGAAGGUCAUUUUGGAAUUCCAAUGGCUGGAGCUGUUAUAAAUGCUGUCAAUGUCCGUCUAAAUGCACAAACAAUUGCUUUUCUUUUGGGUCAUUGCUCAGCUGCUGUUGUCAUGGUGGACCAAGAGUAUUUUCCGUUGGCCGAGGAAGCUUUAAAAGUAUGGGAAAAUAACAGUAAAGGAAAAUUCAAGGCUCCGCUUCUGAUUGUAAUUGCUGAUAGGAACUGUGAUCCAAUACCAGUCCAAUAUGCUCUUGAGAAAGGGGCAAUUGAAUAUGAGAAAUUCCUAGAAACUGGCGAUCCAGACUUUUCAUGGAAGCCACCAGAGGAUGAGUGGCAAAGCAUUGCUUUGGGCUAUACUUCCGGCACAACAGCUAGUCCUAAAGGAGUGGUGCUGCACCAUCGUGGCGCUUAUCUUAUGGCUAUGAGUAAUGCUGUGAUUUGGAGUAUGCAAGAGGGAGCUGUGUAUCUGUGGACUCUGCCACUGUUCCACUGUAAUGGAUGGUGUUUCGUUUGGACACUUGCUGCGAUUUGUGGGACUAACAUAUGCCUUAGACAGGUAACAGCAAAGGCUGUUUAUUCAGCCAUAGCCCAUCUUGGUGUCACUCAUUUUUCUGCUGCACCUGUGGUACUCAACACCAUAGUUAACGCCCCAAAAGAGGAGACCAUCCUUCCUCUGCCUCGUCUUGUGCACGUAAGCACAGCCGGUGCAUCUCCUCCUCCAUCUGUUCUUGCUGCAAUGUCACAACGUGGCUUCCGUGUCUUACACACUUAUGGCCUUUCUGAAACCUAUGGCCCAUCCACUCUAUGCACGUGGAAGCCCGAGUGGGAUUUACUUCCCCCAGACGUACAGGCACGUCUGCAUGCACGCCAAGGUGUCAGAUACGUUGGUCUGGAGCAUUUAGAUGUUGUCAGUACAAAAGACAUGACACCUGUCCCAGCGGACGGAAAAACAGUAGGAGAGAUUGUCUUCAGAGGUAAUGUUGUAAUGAAAGGUUACCUGAAGAAUCCUAAAGCUAACGAGGAAGCUUUUGCUGGAGGCUGGUAUCACUCGGGUGAUCUUGCAGUUAAGCAUCUGGAUGGAUACAUAGAAAUCAAAGACAGAUCAAAGGACAUCAUCAUUUCUGGCGGCGAAAACAUAAGCAGCGUCGAGGUCGAAAAUAUCCUGUAUCUACAUCCAGCAAUACUAGAGGUCUCCGUGGUGGCAAGGCCCGACGAGCAAUGGGGGGAGUCACCGUGUGCAUUCGUAACGUUAAAGCCCGACGUGAAGAAAACAGAUCAACAAAAGUUGGCAGAAGAUAUUAUCAACUUCAGUCGCUCGAAAAUGCCUAAGUACUGGGUUCCAAAAUCAGUUGUUUUUGGACCAUUGCCUAAGACUGCUACUGGGAAAAUACAAAAGCACUUGUUGAGGACCAAGGCAAAGGAGAUGGGACCAGUGAAGAAGAGUAGAUUGUAAUUAUAAUGGUCCAUGGCUAGAUAAUACUGAAGUAUGUUUUCUCAUUAUCAAUCAAAUUAUACUUUAAUUUAUCAAGAAAAUAAUACAAAGGCAUCUUCUUAUUUUG